CCGCACGUGUGGGGAGGGCGGGCAUGGGGGUUGCUGGGGGCAGCGGAGCCUCGGAUUUCGCGUCCGGGAGGGACCCGCAGCUGCCUCCACACCUCUGUGCAGCCCGGUCCGCCGCGGGGAGUCGUGUCCCAACCCCUGUCACCAUACAAUUCUGAUCCUUCAUCUCAUUUGCAUUGCCUGUUUGGGAGCUUUGCAUCCAUCAUGUUGCCCUGUGGACCAGUUUUGUCCUUCAUUCGGUGCCUGGUGCGGAAGAAGAACGUCGGCGGUGAAAGUCCUGAGGACUCCAAGCUGUGCCGGUGCUUAUCAACAGUGGACCUUAUAGCCCUGGGAGUAGGAAGUACCCUGGGUGCUGGUGUUUAUGUCCUUGCUGGAGAAGUAGCCAAAUCUGAUUCUGGACCCAGCAUCGUCGUUUCUUUCCUGAUUGCUGCCCUGGCCUCUGUGAUGGCAGGUCUCUGCUAUGCUGAGUUUGGUGCUCGUGUUCCCAAGACUGGUUCUGCAUAUUUGUAUACGUACGUAACCGUCGGCGAACUCUGGGCUUUUAUCACUGGUUGGAAUCUCAUUUUAUCCUAUGUCAUAGGUACAUCAAGUGUAGCAAGAGCCUGGAGUGGCACCUUUGAUGAACUUCUUGGAAAACAGAUUGGUCAUUUCUUCAGAACCUACUUCAAAAUUAAUUACUCUGGGCUAGCAGAGUAUCCUGACUUCUUUGCUGUAUUCCUUAUAUUACUCCUAUCAGGUCUUUUAUCUUUUGGAGUAAAAGAAUCUGCAUGGGUGAAUAAAAUUUUCACUGCUAUUAACAUCUUGGUCCUAUUCUUCGUUGUGAUUUCUGGCUUUGUGAAAGGAGAUGCUGACAACUGGAAAAUAAGUGAAGAAUAUCUCAGAAACCUUACUGCAUUAACAGAGAACUGCUCAUCCUAUGAGAAUGUGACAAGUAUAUAUGGGCAUGGUGGCUUUAUGCCAUAUGGUUUCACAGGAACAUUGGCUGGUGCUGCAACCUGUUUUUAUGCUUUUGUAGGAUUUGACUGCAUUGCAACAACUGGAGAAGAGGUCAAGAAUCCUCAGAAAGCCAUACCCAUAGGAAUUGUGGUGUCCCUGCUUGUCUGCUUCAUGGCCUAUUUUGGAGUUUCAGCUGCACUGACACUUAUGAUGCCUUACUACCUACUAGAUGAGAAAAGUCCUCUCCCACUAGCAUUUGAAUAUGUUGGAUGGGGACCUGCCAAAUAUGUUGUAGCAGUGGGAUCCCUCUGUGCUUUGUCUACAAGUCUUCUUGGAUCCAUUUUCCCAAUGCCACGUGUAAUCUAUGCUAUGGCGAAGGACGGGUUGCUUUUCAAAUGUCUAGCUCAAAUCAAUCCCAAAACGAAGACCCCACUAGUUGCUACUCUGUCGUCUGGUGCAGUGGCAGCUAUAAUGGCAUUUCUGUUUGACCUGAAAGCUUUAGUGGAUAUGAUGUCUAUUGGCACACUUCUUGCUUAUUCACUUGUGGCAACUUGUGUCCUCAUUCUUAGGUACCAACCCAGUUUAAGCUAUGAGAAACCAAAAUAUUCUCAAGAAAAAGCAGCCUUGGCUGCUUCAGAAAGGAAAUCUGCAGUAAGCGAAUCACAGAUAAAUAUGAUACAAGAGAGUAACUUCAGUUUUCAGGCCCUGAUUAACCCAUCCAGUUUACCUACAGAGCAGACUGCAACUACUGUUAACUUUUUAGUGGGUCUGUUAGCUUUCUUGGUUUGUGGCUUGAGUGUCCUCGCGACUUACGGGAUUCAUUUCAUUGUUAACUUGGAGCCCUGGAGUAUUGGCCUUCUUGCUGUGCUGGUGAUGUCCUUCAUAGCUACCAUUCUCCUCAUCCAAAGGCAGCCUCAGAACCAGCAGAAAGUGGCCUUUAUGGUUCCUCUAUUGCCAUUUUUGCCAGCAUUCAGUAUCCUAGUAAAUAUUUACUUGAUGGUACAAUUAAGUGGAGACACUUGGAUCAGAUUUAGCUUCUGGAUGGCACUUGGCUUCCUCAUUUACUUUGCUUAUGGCAUCAGGCACAGUCUUGAAGGUCAUCGUAGUGAUAGAGAUGAUGAUGAUUCUUGUUCAGAAAAUAGUGGCCUGCAAGAAAAGAACCCUGUGGAAGAAGUGGAUGAUCCUGAAAAUGCAAAUGAAAGUGAUCAGUUUCUUGCAAAUGAGAGGACAAGUGAAUGUUAAUGUAUGCAAAAAUACAAAUCUUUUACACCUUCAAUUGACGUUUUACUUGCGGAUUGAAAUGCCAGAAAUUUUUUGCCAACAUUGUGCUUCUUGAAAGUGUUUAUUACAAGGCCUGGCUGACAUUUUGGACAAGCUGCUAAUCCAUCUUCAUUUCAGAACGGACAGCAUGGAGACUAAUAUUUAAAUUAAAAACCAAACAAGAGAAGUACCUUUUGGCAAGCAAAAAUUUGGAUGCAUUAUUUGAACUGUCAUCCACAAUUACUGGUAAUCAUAAAAUAAGAAGAAUUUUAGAAAUGCUUGCCCGAAGUUCUAAGCGUUUGACACUGCAUUAUGAACAUGAGUGCCUUUUGUACCUUCUUCUUAUAUCUGGUAUGUGUUUUGGUCACAACCUAAUAGCUCUCUUUUUUUCUACAGAAGUAACUCUUACAGGAGAUAAAUUGCAGACAUACCUGGGAAGUAUUUACAGAAUGAAUGGUAAUUGAACAGAUCUGAUAUUUUGCAAAAAGUAGAGGAUCAUAUAUUUGUGCAAAAAAAAUUAAUUGCUUACCUUUACUAAUCAAUAGUCAUGGAGAAUUCUACAGUGAAGAUACUUCAAAAGCUUCAAAUCCUUCUAAAUAGAAUUCAAGAUUUCUACUUAUGUGAAUUCCUUUCCUUUCAGAGAUGGUAUGUGUAUAAAAUAAUACUUUCAAGAGUAGUUAUGUUAUUAUCUGCAAGAGCAGAAUAUGAAAUAUAAUCUGUUGGUCACAGAAGUGACAGUGACAUUCGUAUGUGAUUUAGCAAAUAUUGUGCUUCUGAUUUCAGAAGGGCCACAAUUUUAUCUCUGACUACAUAAUGUGGUACUUACAUGUAGCAAUCAAGUUUUCCUCUUUACUACUUGUUUAUUACCCCUAUACUUUCAUAUUCUUUGCCAUGUACCAGGGCUGGUAUUUCUGAGAUUGGCUGUUACACAUUGCUUCUCCUAGGAAUAAUGGAUGUACAAAAUCCCAUCCUUCUUUUAAGAUGGAAAGAGGGAUUAAAAAAACAGAGGCCCAUGCUUUGGAAAAAAUUCUUGUCAAAACAGAAUUUCAGUGUUUCACUAAGCCUUAAACAUAUGUUAGCAUAACAGUUUUUUGUGAGCCAAGCCUAUAUCCACAAAACCAUUCAUGUGGCUAGGCUGUCCAAAUGCUUUUUAUGUAAAAAGCCAAACUGUUGUGGCAGUUCUUAUUUUUUUGAGUGAACAAUUAGUUUUUUUCUGAGUGAACAAUUACUUUAAAGCUAGCAAAAAUGGAAACUGUUCUUCUUUAAACAUAAAAGUAGUCACCUGUUCAAAGGGACCCAGAUAUUUUAGCACCUUUUCCUCAUCAACUGAUAAGCUGAGUGUCCCAUGAAGGAUUCCAUAACAUGAAUUUAGUUUGCAAAAGUGUACUUAUAAAAAUAACUUUCCUAAAGUAAGAACUGCAUUGAACUUGUCAUGGAAUGUUGUAGUCUGUUCCUGGUACUGAUUAUUGGUAGUAAUCUCUUUUUAGAUAUAAAUCUGUAGAUCUCCUGAGAGCUAUGUUGGUUGACAUGGAAAUGCACCUUACUUUUUAAAAGAGCUAGAAU